AUAAUUUGGAAUAAAGAAUACAUAGUAGCAUGCAUAGAAAUUCAACAAAAUAUUCAAAAUUAUUAUAUUUUAUUGAAUUAUUUCAUAUGAAUAGAAAUACGGAAUAAACAGUACAUGAAUAUACAGUAAAGAAAUAUCUCAGCAAUAGACCACUAUUAUUACUCACUGUUAUAUCAAUGCUAUAUAUUUGAUUAUAAAAACACAAUAAUUAAAAGGAUAAUAUUGGUAAAUGUUGUAUUAAUGGAUUUAAUUUACAUGCCUUAAAAUGCAUGGAAUAUAUGAAUUUCCAAAAGUUUGGUCAAGUUGUUUUGAUACUAAAAAUUUAUCAAAAUUACAAAUAAAAUAUAUAGAUAAAUAUCAUGAAACUAUAAAUCGAGGCAGUAAAGAUCUGUAAAUAAUGAUAUGUAAUAUAAAUGUAGGGAGGAGAGAGGAUAAUUGUAUGUGGAAGGUAUAUACAAGAUGUUUUAGACAAAUAGGGACAAACUUUAAGGAUGUAGAGCGGAUUGAGAUGAACAAAAAAGCCUUGUACCACUUUGCAAACAACAUGCAAAAUUUCAUGUUAUUAAUUAUUGAAAAUGAUCAUGUAUAGAGACUCCUUUAAUUAAUCACUCAAAAAUUCGCGUGUCACUUGCAAAAUAGUAAAGGACUUUUUUGUACAGAGUAGCCUAAUCUACAAAUAUAUGAUAACUGUUGUACUUGACUGCGACAGACAUCAUUACCUUGAACUUUGAACUUUAAACCUGUCGUACAAGACUUUUUUGUUCACCUCAAUCUGUUUUACAUUCUUGUGAAGUUUGCCCCUGUUGAUUUAGGACAUCCUGUAUAUAUGCUAAAACUAUGUAAAACACGUGUGUGAUUAUUUAUAUUAGGAUUAUUUCUAUUAUAAGUAUUCGUAAACAUUGAAAGUAUUAUAGUUCAAAUAAUAUAAAACUUUUGCACAUAUAAUUUGUUUCUUAUUAUGUUACAAAUAAUGUUGAAAAAGUUGUCUCCACAUAUAGAGUCUUAUUUAAUGAAUUAAAGAAGCACGACCAGACUCCAUUGUGUUUCAAUAUUUAUAAUGUUAUACUAACCCUUCAAGACCCAUAUAUUGACCUCAUUUGAGUAAAAUGUUGUGAGAUCGUUUUAAAGGAUGUUCCUGAUGAAAAUUUUUGGUCCGAAUAUAAUUGGCAGAGAAGUUCGAUUUUCUAAAUGUACAUAAUCAUGUAUAUUGUGUAUUUAAGGUAUAAAAAUGAGAAAAUAUUAAAAGAAGUGGCAUUUAAGAAAUAUUUUUAACUUGUUUAUAACAUAAUCGUUGAAGAUAAAUAAAAAAAUUACGGUUCAUUUAUUAUCUAUUUAUUAUGGAAAAAAUGAAAUCAGUUUCCGGACGAUGUAUAAGGCUAUCAUGAGGAGCUAAAACACAGAUAUGUUAUAGUGUCACUUAAAUAUUAAUAUUAUUAAUAUCAAUAUAUCUAUGGGAGAAUAAAAAUGUUCAUCGCGUAUCAUGCACGCAUCGAAGAAUUUUUCGGACAAAUAUACGCGGCCUUCUACGUAUGCACUGAUCCUUGAGUCUCAAUAAUGUAAUUAUAUAUAUCAAAUACUCAUGGAACCAUCUCUAAUUAAUAAAUCAAAUAAUAACUUAUUUCUUGGUUCCAUUUCUCAUAUUGCGAAAAAUAUUACCUCAACCAGGAAUCGGAUUAGGAAUUGGAUUUUCCUACUAACCAGGCGGAAUGCUGUAUCAAUUCGGCCAUCAAAGGUUUCGACAGUAUUCCUCGUAACAAUCAAUGUUUAUAAACUCAUAAAGAUAGUCAAUGUCAUUUUUAUUGAUAAAAGAGGCAAGAAGUAUGCGGUACAAGGGAAAGUAGGAGACAAUGUACUUUAUUUAGCUCAUAAAUAUGGGAUUGAAAUGGAAGGAGCAUGUGAGGCCUCCCUAGCAUGUACGACUUGUCACGUAUAUGUGCACCAUGACUAUCUGAACAAACUUUCAGUUCCUGAGGAUAAAGAAGAAGAUCUCUUAGAUUUGGCACCUUUCUUAAGGGAAAAUUCUAGACUAGGUUGUCAAAUAAUCUUAACAAAGGAGUUAGACGGUAUCCAACUAGAACUACCCAAAGCAACUAGAAAUUUCUAUGUAGACGGACAUACCCCAACACCACAUUAGAGAAUAUUGUUUUUUCUGUAUUUAAAUUAAUGAUGUGAAACGUUAAAUUAAAACAUGUGAAUCAGUAAAACAUGUAGAAAUUAUUUUUGUAUAAUAUCUGUUUGUACAUAUAUACAUCUUAUAAUGAGACGAAUUAUUGUAACGUAAGCAUAUAAUCUUUCUACUUCAGAUUAUGCAUAUGGUAACUGUUUACAAAAAAUUACAUAUCACGAAUUACUUCGA